AUGCGUAAGACAGCAUUGAUCACGGGCAUCACCGGACAGGAUGGAUCCUACCUCGCGGAGUUUCUGUUGGAGAAGGGCUACUGCGUCCAUGGCAUCAUCCGAAGAUCGUCAUCAUUCAACACAGCACGCAUCGAUCACAUCUUCGACAAGGUGAACCUGCACUAUGGCGACCUCGUCGACUCUAGCAACUUAGCCUCCAUCAUGGCCAAGGUCAAGCCUGACGAAGUCUACAAUCUGGCAGCACAGUCCCACGUCAAGGUCUCUUUCGAAGAGCCGGAGUACACGGCACAGGCUGAUGGCGUGGGAACUCUCCGGCUUUUGGAAGCAAUCCGCACAGUGGGACUGGAGAAAACCACCAGGUUCUAUCAGGCAUCGACAUCGGAGCUCUACGGUAUGGUGCAGGAAGUGCCGCAGAGAGAGACCACUCCCUUCUAUCCACGCUCGCCCUAUGCCGUGGCGAAGCUCUACGCCUACUGGAUUGUGGUCAACUACCGCGAAGCUUACGAGAUGUUCGCUGUCAAUGGCAUCUUGUUCAAUCACGAGUCGCCUCGUCGAGGAGGCACCUUCGUGACCAAGAAAGUCACGGCCAACGUGGCACAGGUCAUGGCAGGCACACGCGACCGGAUACUCCUAGGAAACUUGGACUCCAAGCGUGACUGGGGCCAUGCCAAGGACUACGUUCGGAUGAUGUGGAUGAUGCUGCAAGUGGAGAAGCCAGACGACUUUGUCGUGGCCACCAACAAGCAGUACAGCGUGCGAGAUUUGGUCACCCUGUGCUUCGAGAUGGUGGGCAGGCCGGUGAUUUGGCGUGGAACAGGCCUCGAGGAGGAAGGAGUGGACGAGAAGAGUGGCCAGGUGUUGGUCCAGGUCUCUCCGAAGUAUUUCCGACCAACCGAAGUGGAGACGCUCUUGGGCGACCCGAAGAAAGCCAGCGAAAAGCUGGGAUGGAAGCCAGAGAUCUCCUUCAAGGAGCUGGUUCACGAAAUGCUUGACUACGACAUGACCCAGGCAGGCCUGACACUCCCAGCGUCGGCAAGGGACAUCAUGAAGAGACAGGACAUCGGGACAAGUACUGCUGACGAGGGCAGUUCUGAAAAGCUGAGCCGCUCUCACCAUUUUCAGGCCCGGCUAAGACCUGAACUUAGAUGGAAAUGCGAUCGUAUUUUCGAGACCAUGGAAAUUCAGGCAGCAGCCCACCUGGUCACAGUGGUUGCAGUGGUUCUUGUGCUGGUCAAUAUUUGCAAAAGGGUUUUCAUCGGCGAGGUGUCACCCCCGCGGCGCCGCCCUCCGAGUGACAUCCGAAGGAAGCUGGCAGAGAUGUGGUGGCGCUGGACGCAGCAGCGGCGGAGAGAGCAGAUGGCCGAAGCUAUAUCUGCAGAUGGAACACUGGCGCCGGACUGCGACUACCAGCAGCUGUCAGAAGGUCCCGGAAACCCAGCAGUUUCGUCGACAGCGAACAGCUUCCGAGACUUCUGGUUAAGUCUGGGUGGUGGACCAAUUGAUAUAGGUAUCCCAGUGGUGCCCAUCAAGGGCAUCCACGGCACCGUGGAUUUUCCCCUGCUGGGGAUCGGCACCUGGCAGUACAACAGCACUGUCGCCAAGGCAACCGGUCCCGUAGCUGUGGUUCUUUUGCAUCGGAAGAUGGCCGUGGCUGUGGCGAAGAUCCCGAAACAGCGUCGGAGCGUGGCCUUCGCGGAGGAGCCGAGCAGCCCUCCUGCCAGGCUUUCGGAGUCCGAGCUCCUACACCGAAUGACACAGAAUCACGAGAUCAUGGUGCGGGGGAGAGCGCUGGCGAAUUCCGAAACCAUUGCCCCCUUUGCAGAGGAGUGUCAGAAGAGGCUGGAGGGUCUCCAUGGGUGGCAGAGUCACGGGAUCGACUUUCAGCAAGAAGCCACGGAGGAGGUUAAGGUGGAAGAGCGCUUUCUGUUGCCAACGAGCUCCAGUCGAUUCCCAGUGACAGUCCUGGAUGGCGUCCUUACAAGGGAGAUGUGUCAGUCAUUCAUAAGUAUCCACGAGAAGGUGGGCUUUGCGCGUCCACCUUCGCUGCUUGUUAACCUAGCAGAAAAGAACAAACUGGAGGAAGAAGAUGAAGAAGAUCUCCUUUUGAAGCUCGCUUACGAGCAAGCUAAGAACACAUCCGAGCUUGUCCAGAUUGAGUCCGUGGACUUUGCAGACUACCUUUGGAAGAAGCUGGGGCAUUUCCUGCCCGACGAGCACAGCCACGCAGGGAACUUCACCAGUGGAGUUUACGAAAAAUGCGGCAUCGUUCCAGUCUUUCGCUUCAUGAGAUAUCAGAAAGACCAGGGCUUCAAGCCCCACAAGGAUCCCGAACGUGCAUAUGCAGAAUACCCACUCAUGUCUGGCGCUGCAGCUGCACACGGUGAGUCGGGAAUCUACAAGUCCUUCUUUACGAUCGCCUUGUAUUUGAAUGACCCUGCAGAGUUCGAAGGUGGCAAGCUCAAUUUUGUCGAGCUCCACGUGGAUGACAUGGGAGAAAAGACAUACGAGUCCCAAGCCACCGUCAAUCCAGCCGUGGGACGCUGCGUUCUGUUUGCACACAACGAGCUGCACGAAGGUGGCGGGGUGCAAUCUGGAACCAAGUACAUGUGCCAGUGCGACGUCCUGUACAAGCGCGUGAGGGCUCUUCCCUGA